UCUCUUCCAGUCUCUGUGCUGUGCCUGCUGCCUCACGCUGUGCUGGCACGGUGGGCGUGUGUUCGGGCGUGUCCGGCGUCCUGCUCCUGCACGCAGGAGAAGAGCUGCAGCGUGCUGUGCGACCGCUCCGCCCUGGCUGAGCUGCCUAAAGAGUUUCCAUGUGAGGCCUCAGCCAUCAACCUGGACAAGAACAGACUCAAGUUCCUGUCGGAGAGAGCGUUCGGCACGCUGCCCUCCCUCAAGUCUCUGUCUCUGGACCACAACAACAUCUCCUUCAUCACGCCGGGAGCUUUCAAGGGCCUCUCCAACCUGGUGGACCUGAAAAUGGCGCACAACGAGUACAUCAGUUACCUUCACACACGGACGUUCACAGGAUUAAAGAAGCUGGUGCGUCUGGAUGUAUCGGACUGUAACCUCUUCAACAUCCCUGACCGUAUCUUCAUCGAGCAGCCGGCGCUGAAGGAGCUUCUCUGCUUCCAGAACAACUUCAGGAGGAUCCCCGGAGCCAUCAGAGGCAUGGAGAACCUGACCCACAUCUACCUGGAGAGGAACAAGAUCGAGGCGGUGGCCUACAACUCCCUGCUGGGCCUAGGGAGUCUCAAGUACCUGAACCUCCAGGAGAACCGGAUCAAUGUGAUCCAUGACCGGUCCUUCCAGGACAUGGUGCGGCUGGAGAACUUCUACCUCAACGAUAACCUGCUGACCGAUCUGCCCCGGCUCGCCUUCAAGGGUCUCAGCCGCCUCAAGAUGCUCAACCUCGGGGGGAACCAGCUGAUCAACGUGUCUAAGACUUGGUUCAGUGACCUGGUGGAGCUGGAGGUCCUGUAUCUGGACAGGAACCAGGUUAUCUACAUCGAGGAGGGAACCUUUGAGAACAUGACGAGUCUGAUCACGCUGCACCUGAACAGCAACAACCUCACCACGCUCCCCUUCCCCGUCUUCCAGCCCAUCUACUUCCUGGGUCGCCUCUACCUGUUCAGGAACCCGUGGGAGUGCGACUGCUCCCUGGAGUGGCUGAAGGAGUGGAUGGAGAGCUACAAGCUUGUGCGGGACAUCCCCUGCGCCUCGCCCUCCUCUGUGGCGGGGCUGGAUCUCGGCGCGGUGGUCUUUGCCAAGGUGAACGGCACCUGUGUGGACCCUGCAGAGCUGAACCUGACCACGGUGUCCUCAGAGAUCGUCUCCACCACAGAGAACCGCUUCAACAGCCUCAUCUCCAAACUGCUGCAGCAGGAGCUCAAAGAGGAGAUGGGGAACGGCACAGAGAGCCUCCGUAACGGGACGCUGCUGGAGUCCGAGGAUGGCCAGCUCUCCGCAGGAGGUCAGCGGGACCGGGGGAGCAGAUCUCUCCUCUGCUUCUUUGUGCUGUGGCUGAUCUUUGGUUUCACUGACCAAUCAGAGGGAUAUUUCUGCUUGUCCUGCACAUGAGAGCUGUUGAACGAGUCUGUCACUUUGCUCACUGAAGGAGUAGCUUUUCAAAGUUUGUGGUGAGAAAAGAGAUUUCAGAAGAAUCCUCUUCAGUGUGGUUACUGCUCUGCCAAACAGGAUUUUCAGCUUUCCUUUUUGGUGACAUGCAAAGUGGAUAUUUUCAGCUUUACUCAGAAUAAAGACUGACGUUGACAAGUCUCCUUAUAAACAAUAAUCUAUGAUAUUUAUAGGUGAACUACUCGCAUUAGAGGAACCUCAGCAACGAGUCAGUUUUGUGUUUUAUGCAGAGAUCAGGGACGAUGACGCUGCACGGCUGCAGGAUUCAUCUCUACAGUAAAUAAGAUGGGUGUUGAU